AUGGCGUCUACUCUGGGAUUUGCCUUGCCUGAUACUGAUGAAAGCUUUCUUGAUCAUCUUGAUGAUGGCACAGUCCAUGUUUUCAAGCGGGAUGUUACCAUCAGCUCCCGAGAUAUUGAGUUGGCGAAGCGAGAUGGCGUUGACCCGAAUCAGAUGUAUCGUCACUCCAUGAUCAAGCGCGACGAUAGAGACCACGUCACUAUCUGGGUGGACAACUCCUAUGACGAGUCUGAGCCAUACGAACCAGAUAUCGAUGAUUCGGAUGUCUGGCUUGCAAAACGUCAGAAGCACCGCGUCGUCAAUAACUCUUGGGAGACCGUGGGAAAAAGCAAGUGGUGUAGACUCAGUCGGGCUACCUAUGUAGGCAAUACUGGGCCAGGCGCCCCAACCACUGGGGGCCCCAAUGCCGUUAUCAACUGGAGCAAAAGCUGCAAGGGUAAUUGGCGGGUCGAUAAAAGAUCGCAGAGAGACCUUGUUGUUGCCGGGAGCAAUGGCGGAGCCAAUAUGCGCUUCAAAGUUGCGGGGAAAAGAGAUAUCGCCCUCAAUGUUGAUGGUCGAAUCGGGUGCAAGGACGUUGGGAUACUUACCGAAACGUCUCGGGAUCGGUUCCAGAAGCAGUUCAGCGGAAAGUGGAGGGUGCGUGCCCGUGGCGACGUCAAUUGCCAGGUGAAUAGCAGUGCCUGCGGCAGCAAGGGCGUGUGCUUCCCGACCACUGGGUCCCAAGAUAUCAACUGGUGGCUGGACAACUAUGGCGGAACUGUUUAA